AGAGACGUAAAUGAGUUGUCUGGGAAUGGCACGGUUUGCAGUAAUUGUAAGACCUCGCAAACGUCCCUCUGGCGCAGGGCUCCCGAAGGAGAUGUCGUUUGCAACGCCUGUGGCUUAUAUCGUAAAAUGCACGGGGUAAGUUUUUCUCCCUCUCCAAAACUUAGAUUUGAGUUGUGA